ACGCCGGCCGUUGCGGGAGCGCGCGGACCUAAGCGCUGAGCAGAGCUGCCUCCAGCCCGGUUCCUCCCCCUUCCGUGCUUCCUGCCGCCUGAGUCCCCGGUGCUCGGAGUGCCGCCUCUCCCCACGUAGCCAAGCCACGGUCUCGCGCGACCCUCAGCCAGCCGGCGUGCCCGGGAGGGGUGGGAGGAGCUGCCACGCCCCGCGACCGCACCCAGCCAUCUCCAGCCCCGAGCCAUCCGCCUUGAGCCCACCUUGCUCCCCCUCUUUAAACGGUGACGCCAGACACAGCUGCAGCCAGUUCAGCCCUCCCUGCCCGGACCAAAGGGGGCGACAUUCAAGUGAUAGGUGUAGUGUUCCGUGGCUCCAGGCACUGACUUGGGACAAGACGGAACUCUGUUGUCUUUUUGGUAAUUGUGGUUGCUUGAAACUUGUCGCCCCCAUGGCAAACCGGGGGAGGAGAGCAUGUUGUAUUGUCCUAGGCCCUAUAGCCUCGUGAGCCAGUCCAAGCAGUGUCUGUAGAACUGGCACUCUUAAUAGUUGGGCAAAAUGGCUAUGACACUAUUGGAAGACUGGUGCAGGGGAAUGGAUGUGAACUCUCAGAGAGCUCUGUUGGUCUGGGGGAUCCCUGUGAACUGUGAUGAAAUCGAAGAGACACUCCAAGUUGCGAUGCCCCAGGUAUCCUAUCGAGUACUGGGGAGAAUGUUCUGGACAGAAGAAAAUGCUAAGGCGGUCUUGUUAGAGCUCACUGGGACAGUGGAUUACUCUUUGAUCCCCAGGGAGAUACCAGGCAAAGGAGGGCUCUGGAAAGUGGUGUUUAAGCCCCCCACUUCUGACGCGGAGUUUUUGGAAAGGCUGCACCUCUUUCUAGCUAGGGAAGGGUGGACCGUGCAAGAUGUUGCUCGUGUGCUUGGGUUUCAGAACCCUGCUCCAGCUCCGGAAAUGCCAGCAGAGAUGCUCAACUAUAUUUUGGAUAAUGUUAUUCAACCUCUUGUUGAGUCCAUAUGGUAUAAGAAGCUGACGUUAUUCUCCGGGAAGGACAUUCCCGGGCCUGGCGAGGAAACUUUUGAUUCCUGGCUGGAGCACUCAAAUGAAAUCAUAGAGGGAUGGCAGGUGUCAGAUAUAGAAAAGAGACGGCGGUUGAUGGACAGUUUGAGAGGCCCCGCUGCUGACAUCAUCCGCAUCCUCAAGACCAACAACCCUGCCAUAACGACCGCAGAAUGCCUGAAGGCUCUUGAGCAAGUCUUUGGGAGUGUGGAGAGCUCUAGAGAUGCACAGGUCAGAUUUCUGAACACUUACCAGAACCCAGGGGAAAAGCUAUCUUCUUAUGUUAUCCGUCUGGAGCCUCUGCUGCAAAAGGUAGUGGACAAGGGGGCCAUUGAUAAAGAUAAGGUGAACCAGGCCCGCUUGGAGCAGGUCAUCGCUGGGGCCAACCACAGUGGGGCCCUCCGAAGGCAGUUGUGGCUGGCCAGGGCUGCGGAAGGGCCCGCACCCAACCUCUUCCAGUUACUGGUGCAGAUUCGAGAGGAGGAAGCCAAGGAGGAGGAGGAGGAAGCGGAGGCCGCCCUCUUGCAGCUAGGCCUGGAGGGGUACUUCUGAGUCCCAGGAUUGGCCAGGCUGCUUUUGAUAUCCCUGUGAAGUUUUAGUAAGCCUGCCACUCGAAGUAAACACCCAGCCUCCUCCUGGCUUGGUUUUGCUUUCUGAGGGAUGGGAUGGGGAAGUCAGGCCCGCAUAUUCCUGUAACUUUCACAGAAUUGUGUGAUUGACAGGAGCUGCAGCCGAAAAGGUGAUCCAUACUGCCUGCCUAAAGUGAAUGCUUGAUGCCAGCCCUUCUGGGGACAUCUCUGACAGCUGUGAGAAACCGUGAAGCCAUGACACUUCCUGUGAAGAUGGCUGUGAAGCUGCAAGCUCUGAUGCUAAGUGCGCGCCAGGUUCACAGACUGUACUGUACAAACUCUUGUGUUUGUUACUAACACUGUGGACAGUUUUACUGUAAAUUGUUCCCAAUUUGUAUCGAUGGAAAGAAUGUGAUUCUAUUAGAGGAUAUUACUCAUCUUGAAAAAUGAGGAUUUCUAAAUCCUCACGGUUCAACACUGUAAUCAGUUUCCCUGAAAAGGAUCCACAGACUAAAAGUGGCAUGUUUGAAAAAACAGGCCUUUACAGAGCUGCACAGUGGAAGACAGAAGUCCUAGAGGGAGUGGCCAUGGCCAAUCUACACUUCCCCUACUCCAAAGUUUAGUCAUUUAAUAAUUGGUCAAUGCUAAGGGUUCUAAGUUUGAAGUUAUUGAAUAGAUAUAUACAAAUAAAAUUUUGAAAA